AUGGAGUUCAGUCAAUGGAAUGUUCUCUCAUUUCUGAAUAGCCCUAUUGAGUUGUGUCUGAGCCUCUGUUCAACAUUCUUAGAUACUGACUCCAACCUCACCAUCAUAUGUGGGUUGUGGUUGCUCCUUCUGUUCCUGUUCUUCCUGGUGGGGAUUCCAUCUUCACCAACCUGCUGGGAAACCAAAGUGUUCCAAAAGCGUCAGGGCAAAGCCAAGAGGAGAAGGAAAGGGGGAACACUGAGCGGUUGGAGAUAUUACCAGAGAGAAGCAGAGGAGAAAAGGAAGCUGAUUUCUAUUCUGAAAAGCCCCCUGGGCCAGCAACAUGAUACCAUCCGUUUUCGUCAACUGUUAUGUCCAGACCCCUUCUGUGAGGUGUGUAAUAGCGCAGCUGCUGAGGUCAAUCGGCUGCUGUUCCCGGAGGACCUGGAAGAUGAUACUCCCUCUGUGUCCUCCAUGGCUUCCACAGCCUCUGUGACUGAGUCAUCGUUCACUGUGUCCUCUGCCUCCUCAGAAGUCCCUGUAGGAGACCUAAUACCAGCCCCUCCACCUGAGCCUUCCUCACCACCCCCCUCCAGUCUCUCUCCUAACCCAAAGACCCCCUUAGCUGACUUUCUUUCACCGGGUCACUCUCUGCCACCAGAACCUUUUCCUCCCUUGGAUUCUAAAUUCCCAGAGGACCAUUCCCCACCCCAACCCCUUGCCUUUCCCCCUCUCCCACCACAUGACACUCAGACAGUAGAUCCUGCUAUCCAACUAAAUGCCACUUUAUGUCUGCAUACCAUCUUCUCUGUUAAUCCCACACUUUCCCAAGACAUCAACCCCUUACCAAAUUUGUCCCAGACAAUGAAUCCCACCGAUUCAUUGGCUUGUCAUCAUGUACCACCUACCCAGUCUGUUUCACCACCACCAGACUGCCCUUUAACUGUGACUCAAUCUAAAUCAGUUUCCAUCUUAUUGAAGCCUGUUCUGGAGAACUCCUCUCCAGAUAGCCCUGAUGGGUUUCCCACUUAUGUGCCAACAAUCAGAGGCAGUGACCGUUCAAGGGUGUCAGUUUCAGAAUUCUGGUGGCAAACUCAUGCCAAAGGCUUGUUCCCUUCCACUUUGGCACCAUCUGUUUUCAAUCAAGAGUUUCUUGCCCUCCAUUCUUCAGAGGCCUCUUUUGGGGGAGACCCUGCAGCCAACCUUGUAGAGCCUGGUAACCUCUUGUUUCUCAGCCCUGAUGUCCUGGCACUUCUGGAGAGACAAAUCCAACAGAGGAGUGAUUUUCUGAUGUUGAAGGAAAAGGAAAGGGAAAAGGAAAAGGGUUCUUUUCCAAAACAACUUAGGGCAGACUACCAACUCAAUUCUUCAGGGAAAAUGUCAGAGGGAAUUGCUGAUAAGCAUGACUUGGCAGUCUCCCAUCCUUGUUGGAGCAGCAAAGGCAAACCAAAAGAGCUGCAUGUGCACCAGCAGCCCCUAUAUCCUAAGACCUCAGAGGAUCAUUUACAGCAAAAACAUAUCCAGCUCUUCUGGGGUCUCCCAUCUCUGCACAGCGAGUCCUUGCCCUCUGCUGUCCAUGUCUCAGGUGACUGUUCCUCAAUCUUCAUUUUCAAUAGAAUCUCGAAUGCCUCCACAGACCAAGAAUCCCCAGUACUUCCUCAUCGUCUACCAUUGUCCUUGCCUGAGAUCCAGCCUCAAUCCUUGCCUCAAACCUUGCCCCAAUCCCAGCCCCUACGUCUCACUCAGGUCCAGCCCCAAACCCACCUUCAGUCUCCACUCCCAAUCCUACCCUCUGGUCCUCGACCCCAGAUUAGGAUCUGUGGAGUGUGUUUCCAUAGACCCCAGAAUGAAUCAGAGUCUCUUACCUCAUCUGAAAUUCAACAGCUGGAAUGGAACGUGUUGCAGAAGCAACAGGAAAGUUUGUGGGGUUUACCCUCUGUGGUCCAAAGAUCUCAGGAAGACUUUUGUCCUUCAGCUCCCAACUCUUCUUACUGCCGGGCCUCCCAGGCCCAUGUUUCAAUCUCCAUCCUUCCUGGAGAGUUUCCUCUCAGUGACGAGUUUCAGAAGAAACUAGAGCAUCACCUUCGAAAGAGGCUCAUCCAACACCGAUGGGGCCUGCCCCGCAGGAUCCAUGAGUCUCUAUCACUGAUGAUGCCUCCAAGAGAUUUCUCAGAGAUAUGUGAGUUGGAGAGCAAUCAUGGACUCUCAGGGAUCUCUGUGAACAAAAAUCUAAAUGUUGGAUUGGGCCAACCUGGAAGUGUCCAUGAGAGGGGCUCAGAAAUGCCUCAGCUAGAGAAAGAUGUGGGGAAGGAUCAGGGACACAGCCCAGAGAAUGGCCCAAAAGAUCAUCUGUUGAAUGAGCCAGAGAGCUCUUCAGAUAAGGAUCUGAGGUAUGACUCUGAGAAAGACCUACAUAGUAACAUGGUGAGUCUGUUGGAAAAAAAUUCAAGGGCCUCAGGGGGCAGUCUAGAUCAGAAACAACUUGAAAAUGUCCUGAAAGUACAUUUGAGCAAGAAGUUUGAGGAAAUCAAUGAGGGUCAGCUCCCUGGGACUGUGCAUAGUGCAUGGCAUGCUAUCAAGCAGACAUUGCUGCUUUCUGACAAAUCCCACACCCAAAUAAAACAGAGAGGUUUGCCACCAUCAGUGGGUGGGGACUACUCCCUGGAUACCUUCCAGGAGCUUUCCUUCAUUGAUUCCAGUGCACGACAGAUGCUGGAAGCCCAUAUUAAAAGGUUUCAUUUGAAGAUGAUGUGGGGCCUUCCCCGCAGGGUCCUUGAAUCCAUAGAGAUCUUUAAAUUGAAAGAUGCCGCAUCCCAGUCUUUGUCCCAUUCCCACUUUCCCUUCUCAACCAACCUGAUUUCUGAGCUGGACUCCAAAUCUGGGGGCUUCAAGUCCUUUGGAGGAAGCUCUAAAUCUCUUUAUGGGGACAAAGAGGGAACAACACUUUCAGCCCCUGUCCUGGAUCGUCCUCGCCCUGCAACCUCAUCUGUGGGCAAGGAAGGACAGGGGACCCUGAGACAAUCACCCUCUGGUAUCAACCAUGAGCUGGCAGAGGAUGUUCAGAGAAGUAAGGGUGCCAGACAGACUCUUCUGCCUGUCACACAUGGCAUCAUAGGCAAAGCAAGUCAGAGACAGACUCCACUAGGCAACAGAUACCCCCCAAAGCUGCCCUCAAGGCAAGCUGGGGCCAGAUAUGAGCCAAAGGAUAAGAGUGUGAGUUCGAGGGACAGAGUACAAACACAACAGGGCAAAAAGAUGGAGAAGAAGUCAGAACCCUUUUCCAUGCACAAUGUGUCCAGGGAGAUAUUCAGGGCCAAGGAGCUCGGUACUCUUCAAUCAAAAACUGGUGACAUCUUGACAACCAGCAAGGCAAGAAGCUCCCAAAUGGUAAAUGUGAAUGAGAGUAAAGUAGAAACUACUGUGACCAAUGAAAGGCCCCCACCAAGAAGGUCAGUUCCCCAAGAUCCUAAAUCAUCAGACCAUAAAAAACAGCUGUUUGGUGAGUCAAUGUCUAAAGUGGAGAAGAGGGAGCAGAGCCAGGCCCAAGGCCAAUGCACUGACAGGCCCCUUGCCUCAGAGAGCUUGACUUACAAGGCCUCACUGGCUCAUGCCCAGGGUGUCUCCAGUGGGGACAUGGGAGCUUCCCAGGUGCUGCAUGUCCAUUUGGAGGACAGAGGAAUCAGCAUGGAGCAGCAGCAGGAGCCAUGGGUCCCUAAGCAUGUGAUAAGGAGGUGCCAAGAUAAGAAUUUCCCACCAGCUGUAAAGAGAGUGAGCCCUUUGGGCCCCAAAGCAGAAGAGCUUGGUGGAGGGGACGCAGGGUUGGGGACAUCCCAACCUAGAAGGAAGAGUUUCCCUACUCAGGACAUGGCACUAGAGGAGACGCUUGGGAGCAAGUCUUCCCAGACCCCAUCACGGAAGGGACAGCCUCCUCCUGAGAACCUCUUCAGAAAAAAAAUGAAUCACUUUUUGCAAUGGCUUCAUCCCGGGAUAAAAGGCAAAAGGCAAGAAAAUUCCCAGGAAAAGGGCAGCCCCACAUCAUUUGCGCAGAGCAGAGGUCCAGUUAAAAGGAGAGCUGCUUUUACUGGGAUGUGUGAGGCUUAGAUCAUGACAGACGCUGGGAAGUUCCCAGAGGAGAAAGUGGAGCACUGGGAUGCGAUAGAUACCACCUGCCCCCGAGAGCCCCUUCUCUCCCCAGUGAAGUUUGGGAAAACUCAGCAGAAGGCAGAAGUGUAGGCCCGGGCAGAGCCCAUCCAGGGGCAUCCUUCCAACUACAGGGCUCCCUCCUGUAAAGUGACAAACACCAAGUCCUGCCACCAAGAAGCUCUCUUUGCUGGCCAGAGUUAUCCUCCGAGAACUAGACAGAUCAGAGAUGAGGACAGACACCCCCAGAAAGUUGUGGCAUUUAAGGACCAGCUAUGGGAUCAGAACCAUCCCACAUCCGUGCCCUGCAGGGAGCCUGUGCCCCAUCCAAGCCCCUCCUGCAGGCGUCAAGCUGGCCAGGGGUCUCCGGCCACUCUCACCACCACUGAAGGCACUGUGCUCUGAGAUCUGUCUCUGCUAUUUCAACAGAAAGGGCUUCUCCAGCAUUUCCAGAGAGGAAAAUUUCCCACCCCCAAAUAA